CCAAAUAUCUAAGACAAAUAAUAUUUUCGAGCACCGGAAUCGCGUCGGCGCUUCGCCAAACUCGUGCCGCGGUGUCACUGCAUCUCUGACUGAAGCCAUGACUCGAUUAACAGCGCUGUUCGUCGUGGUCCUUUGCUUGUAUCAAGUUUGCACCAGUCCAUUGUCAGAUAACACUCCAGAAGAAGCUCCUAUCCAACCGCACGCAGAUCAAGAUACGGAUGGUGUGCAGAGCACAUCAGCAAAUGGGCCAAAAAGUAAUAAUGAUCCUGUGAACACAGUGGAGGACAACAAUAAAGAGGUUAAUGAGGCAAACACCCCUCAAAUUCUUGAAGAAAAUCUUGAAAGCGAAAGAAAUGCUGCACAAGAUGAAAAGAAUAAAACCCUACCUGACCCUAAUAUAGCAGCGGAUAAAAACACAAUCCUGGAAACUGGUACAAAAGAUAAAGCUGAAGGAAAUGAAGACAAUGAGCAAAAUAAAGACGUUGACGAACACACAGACUCGGCUGGAGAUGGUGGAGAAAACCCCAAACCUGAUCAAACGAGUCAAGAGGAGCAAAAAGACAGUGGAGAUGUACCAAGUGGAAAAGAAGGUGAAAAGCCAGCAACUACUGCCCAAAAUGUGGUUGAAGACGAUAAUACCCCUGAACCCACUGAAGAAGGUGGAGAUGAAAUGGUUGACAAGAGUGUGGAGAAGAUGACUGAGAACCCUACAGACGACGAAAACGCAGAUUCAGCCGAUGAUUUCGAUGACGGAGAGACUGAAGAUGAAGGUGGUGUUGAUGAUACUGCGGGUGUAAAAGAACAGGACAAGUUUAACAGCAAAACAGAAACCAAGGAUGAUAUCAGUCAAACUUUUCAGUCAGAGAACGCAGAGAGCAGCCACUUCUUUGCGUAUCUGGUGUGUGCCGUUAUACUGGUGGCUGUGCUGUACGUCACAAGGCACAACAAGCGCAGGAUUAUUGCCUUCGUCGUUGAGGGCCGGAGAUCAAGAAGCACACGGAGACCCAAGACAUCAGAUUACCAAAAACUGGAGCAGCGUUGAGAGAAACCAGUCAGACGAGUCAGCGGUGGUGGAAUCGAAAUAUUUGACUUGAUUUUGAAACUUGAAUUACACAUAAUGAGGCAUACUGUAUAUCACCACUCAUGAACACUGCACAGCAGCUGUCACGAAUUCAUCCCAAAUUAUAUUAAUAAUGAUGACGAUGUCUACUGUAGCUCUAAUAUUUCUGGGAUGAUCUUCAUUUAGGUUUAGAGCAUUACAAACACAUAACUGAAAUCCGCUGUGCAGGUUCAUAUUGUAGAUGUUGGUUCUGUGGAAUCUUUUUAAAUUUAAUUGCCGUGCCUUUUUGGUAGAGUUACGUGGUUUUCUUUUUUCUUUUCUCUAUUUAUUGCUGGGUGAAAUGUGUAAUACAGAAGGAAACGAUAUGUAUAUGUUGACUGCUUGAAUGAUGUUUUAUGGGAGAUUGGGAAUGAUUGAGUUAUGAAUUGUUGUAGCACUUGAAGCUGGUCGCACAUGUUUAUGGGACACGUGAAUUCUUUCUUCAGGUGUGGACUAGUAAAGAAGCAGCAAGCUUUUGUCACUAUGUUAAAGAUGUUUUAAACACUAUGAAUGCAUAUUAUCUGAUAAAUUAGCUUUGAAGGGCUCAACAUGAAGGAUUUUACUUGCCAGCCCAGUCAGACCAGUAGUUCACAGUAGCUCAUGUGUCAGAAAGAAAUGUAUUUAUAGUUUUUUACUUGUAAUUUUACUUCACCAAAAAUGACUUUAAUUAAUUUGGAUUUUAUGCAAUAAAACACAGAAAUUAUAUAAGGUAAAACUAGGGCCCAAAACAAUCAUUAUCAGCCAGGUCUGCUGUGUUUUAAUGUUUCUGAUCAUUGAUAGAUUUUUAUUUUAUUUUUUGCAUACAGUAUGUUCUCCAUCUUUGACGUGAGGUGUUUGAAUCUCUUGAAAUUAUUUGUAUCUGAAUUGGUCAGUCAGUGGUUCAGUUGUGGUCUUCUAAAUGAACAGCACCUGGACACUUUGAAAAAAAAAAUUUUUUUGAUUCUGACUAGUUGCACUUUUCCUUUUUCUAAGAGCUUUGACUCAAGUGACUUUAAUGAUGAAUGAAGCCAUCCGGUUCUGGAGUCAUUCCACUUUUUAGCUGAUGAAGAAAACACCAUUGUUGUUUGCAGCAGUUAAUGAUGCAUUUAAAGAUGAUUGUUUUUGGUGUACAGUGGUAUUAUAGUUCCACACUUGAUUUAUGAAAAUACCUCUGCCAAUUCUAGAUCAUGCCCAGAAAUGAGAAACAAACAGCUAUAUACCCGUCCUCUUCUUAAUCCUAAAAUGGGAAACUGAUCUUUUUGGUGCGAUGUAUAACACAAUCACACUCCUGAUGUGUGCCUAUACUGUGAUCCCUGCUCUAUUCUCUCUUAAGCCUGUGAUGAUGAUUUGAUAUACAACCAGUGGCUUUGCACAACCAUUCUUCUGGACAUUCAGGACCUGUUUUGAAUUAUUACUUGGGGAAAAAUAUAUGAAGGAUGUUUAACUUACCUGUUUAUUGUGGUCAAUCUUUAAAACUAUUGCAACUUUUCUACUCUGAGAAGAACUGGAAUAAAGUUGAUUUCCUCUGA